UCGUGGCCGUCGUCGUCAGCACAGUUCAGUUCAGUUGUUCAAAGCCAAACAUUUUUGUUUGUUUCAGUAUGAAAAUUUCUUUUGGACGGACUGGAUGAAUCCGGUAGUAGUGCGUUCGCUUUUUUCAGUUUGGUCGGUCGGUCGUUGAGUCGGUCGGACAGACAGUUGGACGUUCGAACAUUACAGGCCUGACCUGUUUCACUGUUGUGGCUUUCGAACGCACAAACGACAAUUUACGCUUUGAAAAGCGGUCUGCCGUGCAGAACGUCUAUGUGACAAAACAACAGAGUGACGACAAUACUUUAGUAAAGUGCAAUUCGAACGCUUUUUUGUGAAACGUUCUUCGUGUGAUGUGAGAAAAGUGCAAACCAGAUGUUGAGUAGUGUGCAAGAAUUUGCUGAAUCGGAAGAAAAUUGUUAAACAGUCACAAAAUUUGUGAAAUUCGACGACUUUAAAAAAGUGAGUGAGUCAACUUAGUGUGUUUUCCAAGUUCUGUUUUUGGAAAAUUUCUCAAAGAUUUAUAAGAAACACGCACACAAAAACAAAAAAACAACAACUAACAAUUCAAUGGGAAAAAUAAAUCCAACAAAAAAAAGUAACAAAAAAGAAAACAAACCAACGAUAAAGACGGCAUCGCACAAGAAAAAGGUAAAGAAAAGUGUGAUAUGGAAUAAAAAGUGCGCAACCAAGUAAACAUUCGUUAAUAAUUCAAAAAAAUAAAAAAAUUAAACAAAGAAUAAUAAUAACAACGAAAGACUUCAUAAAAUAAUAAUAACAGCGCAAGUGGGACGACGGUUGCCCUUGCGUUUACCUGCGAAUUAGCGUCUCAAUCUUGUGGUCCUCUCACCAGCUUCAUCUUCAAUCCAAUCCGACUUGAUUUAACCUCUUUUCGAGGUGCACAAAAACCUUUGAAAUUAUGUUGAGAACGCCCACACACAUCGUGGAACUGAGUACGAAUUCGACGAGUCCAUUGCUACAAAAGUUCCACGUCAAUAACGGCCCCAACGGUGGUGGCUCUACGAACGGCUCGAGCGCCGUCGGAGUGAAGGCGGGCAGCUGUUCGGCAGCAGCGGCGGCUGCGGCUGUGGCUGCAGUGCAAUAUCAACAUCAACAACAACAAAAGCAAACAUCUAACAAAUUUUUCAAUGAUCGACAGCAGCAACAACAAAAACAAACUACUGGAUAUCGAUUUCAAGCCAAGGGCAUGAAAAUCAACACAUCAUCCUCGGCCGCAAAAGAACACUUAGCAAGCACUACAACAACAACAACAGCAACAAGUGUAGCAGCGUCCACACCGAUAUCAGCUGCAAGAAGCCUCUUGUCAUCGACGCCAUUCAUUUCGUUUAAGCGUAUCAAAAAAUCGAAAACAACAACAACGAAUUCAUCAUCAACAGGGCGCUCGAAACCGAAUGGUUUAAUCGCCGCUGCUGUGGUGGAACACGUUUAUGUACCGGCGUCGGUUGCUGCAGCAACAGUGAACGGUCAACCGUCGCAGCAGCAGCAGCAGCAGCAGCACGAAUCGCCAGCUGGCAACAACUAUCAACUUUGCAGCAGCAACAGUAAUCACAACAACAAUAAUAAUAACUAUUUAAAAGCUGAAAUCGCUUCGCUUACUGGAAGCACAGCACCUCUGGUGAAAUCAUCUUCGUCAUCCUCGACCGCCUCCUCGACGGCGUCAUCGAAUCAAUCGGCGUUCUCUGUAGCGCCGCUCUCCGCUUCUGCCUCGGCCGCAAGUGUAGGUAACGCGAGCAAUAUUAGUUGCAGCACACAAAGCACCGCGACCUCCGGCACCAACUCGAACGCCUCCAGUGUUGCAUCGGCCGCAUCGGUCGUUACAAUGUCGCCAACAACACAGGCACCAACCAGAACCUCGUUGUUCGAUUCGUGUCAUCGGAAGAUACGCCUAAUCGGUGGCGGACCAGUCGCUUUUCUAGGCGGACUUGUGGCAAAAGCGCGUCGUAAGGAGCGCGAUGGUGAUCAAAAUUCAACAGAUACCAAAUUAUAUUUGGAGGAAAGCGUUUUAGAACGUAAGCUACCUGAAGCCGAUCUCAAAGCCUUAGUGGAUCUUCCAGCUGGCUUGGACUAUAACGAAUGGCUGGCGUCACAUACUCUGGCUCUAUUCGAGCAUGUAAAUUUGGUAUAUGGAACUAUUAGUGAAUUUUGUACGCCAUCUGGUUGUCCGGAUAUGACCGGGCCAGGCAACAGAACGUACUUAUGGUUCGAUGAGAAAGGCAAGAAGACGCGCGUCGCCGCUCCCCAAUACAUCGACUAUGUGAUGACCUUCACGCAAAAGACAGUCAGCGACGAGUCGAUAUUCCCAACCAAAUAUGCCAACGAAUUUCCAAGUUCGUUUGAAUCGAUUGCCCGCAAAAUACUACGCUUGCAAUUUCAUGUGAUAGCUCAUCUCUAUGCGGCGCAUUUCCGAGAAAUUGCGCUGCUGGGACUGCACACCCACUUAAAUUUGACAUUUGCGCACCUAACCGCUCUGCAUCGACGCUUCACACUGAUCGAUGAGAAGGAGACGGACGUAUUGCGCGAUCUGGAGGUGGCGUUACGCCUCACUGACGAUGGCCAGAGCUCGCUUGCUUCGUCCACAAUUACAGCCACGACGGAUGGUGGCAGCAGUAGUGGCGGCGGCGGUGGUGGUGGCGGCAGUAGCUCCACAACUGAUAGUGGUAUAGCGAAUAGCAGCAGCAGCAGCAGCGGUGUCGGCAGCGGCGCGACUACGGCAACAACAUACGCCCACUCGCAGCAGCAGCAUUCGGGAGUAGAGGAUGUCAAUUUACUGCAACAGCAGCAGCAGCAGUCAGCAACGUUAACGACGGGCACAACGGUCAUCGAUGGCGAUGCGGGAGCGCCGCCCAUUUGCACACAACCGGAGGCGCACGUGAAGCAAACGAACAAUACGCAUGCGUCAGCAGCAGCGGUUGUUUUUGGCGGCGGUGGUGGCCUUAUUGGUGGCAUAUUGGGCGACUUGAGCAGCGGCGAAUUCGGCGAAACGGCGACACGCUACUGCACCUCGGCGCUGCCACAACAAAAUGCUGAGGUAGGUGGUGCAGGAGCGGGCCCGGGGGCGGCAGUAUUAGCAAUGAACUGCAAUAAUGGCGGCGCGGGAGCUCUGCACUUGAAUUUCAAUAAUAAUCACCAUCAUCACCACCAUCACCAUCACCAGCACCCACAUGCACAUCAUCACGCGGCGCAGCAGCAGGUGGCGCAUCAUUUUACGCAGCAGCAACAACAGCACCAACAGCACAGUGGCCUCAUACAGUGCAAUGCGAGCAAUGCACCGCAUGCGAACACCGUCAACGCCUCAGUUGCAGCUGCUGCGGCAUCAGCAACGAAUGCCAGCACAGCAACAACAACAACAACGGCAUAGUUGCCAAAAGCAAAUGCAACAAAAUCAACAAUAGCAAUAACAAAUUCGAAUGCAAUUGAUGUCGUUGAUGAGACCAUCGAAAUAGUUGAUGUGAAUGCUGUUGGUUAUCCUAAAUCGGCGACAGAAGCUACUGCCUCUGCAGCCGUUAAAGCUAAAGCAAGCGCUACUGUUAUUGCUGCCGCCACCGCUGCCGCCGUUGUUGUCAACCACACCGCCGAUGUUGCCGCACCCAUUGCCGCUGCUGUUGCCCUUAGCGUAGGACUUGGACGAAACGACGAUGUGCACGAGAAUUACGCCGCUAAUGUUGACGUCGAAGCUGAAGCCGAAGAUGAAGAUGAAGACGAAGAGGGAGAUGUUGAGGUAGAAGUUGAAAUUGAAGACAAAGCUAAAUAUAAUGAAAACAAAGAUGAUAAAGAUAACGAUGUUAAAAGUGUUGCCGUUGCGGCCGCAAAGGAUGUAUGACGCUUAUUGCUUUAUAUUUACAAUAUAUAGAGUAGUGUUAAUUAAAAAGUAAGAAUACAAAAGAAGCAAAGAAAAAUGAAAACCUAAAAUUUAAAAUCUAAAAUGUUUGAAGAAAAGAAAAGAAAAGAUGAAAAACAUAAUAAUAAAUAUUAAACGUAUAAAAUGCAAAAAUAACAAAAUUAUAUUGAUGAUUGUAAUUGUGUCUGUAUCUGGUGUCACACCAACAAACAAACACAAAAAACUUAGAACAAAGCAAACACUAAAUGGAACUCACAAACAUAUUGAAACAAACCUAAAAGAAAAUAAAUAAAGUAUAGUAAAAUGUGCUAAGAAGUA